AACACCAAUUAUUUCUGUCACAUGUACGUCAAAACAAAGGUCCAAUCUACCAUUGAUUAUUUUUAGAAUUUUUUCGUAUUCUUUAUCGAUGUAAUAGUUAUUUAGAUUUUCCGUUUUAUUUUCCUUUUCUUUAGCAGUUUAUACUAUGUUGAUUAAAGGUGUCCGCGAAGUGCGGAAGUACAGCGCGUAUAAAUGUGUGAGCGUAGUAUCGCGGCAGUUGUCGUCCCGGCUAGAUGCGCUGGACCACGAAGAGCGGCUAGAAGGCUGCCUGUCGGCGCUGCCCGCGAAAGCUAAGGUGGUGAUAUGUGGUGGCGGAGUGAUGGGGGCAGCCGUGGCGUACCACCUCGCUCGCCGCGGCUGGGGACCGAAUACGAUAGUCAUCGAGAAAGAAAAGGUGGGUGCUGGCAGCCGCUGGCACUCCUCCGGUCUUGUUGGCUCCUUCAAACCCACUCUCGCACAAGUUCGCCUUACACAGUCGUCGAUUAGACUGCUGCAGGAGCUCGAGGCCAAGGGCCGCUCCACCGGCUGGAAGCAGUGCGGCUCGCUCCUGCUGGCGCGCAACAGGGACCGCAUGACCGUCUACCGCAGGAUGAAGAGCCAGUCCGUUUCGUGGGGUAUCCCUUGUGAGCUGGUGACCCCGAAGAAAUGCCAAGAGCUGUGUCCCCUGCUGAACGUGGAAGAUGUACUGGGUGGGCUGUGGAUACCGGGCGACGGCGUGGGAGACCCGCAUCUGUUGAGCAUGUCCCUGAUGAGGGAGUCCGUAGAAAACGGGGUCGGUGUGAUGGAAGACUGCUACGUAACGGCGGUGCUGUCCAAAGACGACCGCGUUUGUGGUGUGGAGACCAACCACGGUGCCAUCGACUGCGACUACUUUGUAAACUGUGCAGGCUUCUGGGCGAGACAGG